GGUUUAGUUCGUCCCAAUCCCAAAACCCCUCCGCCAUUUCCUUCUCUUCUCUCUCCUCACUCUGCCGGCGGCGGUUUUUCCCUUUCCUCUUGGAUCUAAACUUGGGUCUCCCGGAAAAGCUCUCAAUUUUUCUCAAGGAACACUUCCUUUCAUGGUUAGAAUCUCGGCGCGGAGGUUAAGAUGCUAUGGAGAUGCAGCUGGAUAAAGCAGAGGAGGAAACUCAUUAACACACUCAGCUUCUCUUCGUUCCACACUCAUUCCUCUCCGAAACCAAACCAAACCAGCCAGCUUUCUCCCCCACUCACUCACGACGACGUCUACUCUCGUUUACGAGCCUCCUCUCCCGAUCUAAAAACCCUAACUUUCUUCAUCCGCUGCGCGAAGCAGAACAACUACUUCCACGAUGACAGAGCAUUCAACCACAUGGUUAGUGUCGUCGAGAGACUAACUCAUCAACACAAGAGCAUCGAUGGAAUCAUAGAGGGUUUGAUACUAUCCGGUUGUGCAAUCAAGCCACGAGUUUUACUGCUGCUGCUCGAAAUCUUCUGGCGUGGACACGUGUACGAUAAGGCUAUUGAGGUAUACAGAGGCAUGAGCAGGUUCGGUUAUGUGCCCAACACUCGCGCCAUGAACAUGAUGAUGGAUGUUCUUUUCAAAUACGAUCUCGUCGAUCGAGCUCUCGAGGUUCUCCAAGGGAUCCGUGUUCGGAACUUCUUCAGUUUCGACAUCGCGUUGAGUCACUUGUGCAGUAAGAAAGAUCUGGUUAGGGUUAAGAUGGUUUUGAAGAUGAUGAUUAGAGAAGGGUUUUACCCCAACGGUGAGAGGUUUGGGCAGGUUCUUGGAGUGUUCUGUAGAAAAGGAUGCGUUGCCGCCGAAGGGCUUCAAGUGGUUGGGAUGAUGAUAUGUAGCGGAGUCUCCGUCUCUGUUAAUGUCUGGAGCAUGUUGGUUAGUGGGUUUUUCCGUUCGGGAGAGCCUGGGAAGGCGGUUGAGCUGGUUAACAAGAUGGUUCGGAUCGGUUUUUCGCUGAAUCUGGUGACGUAUACUAGUUUGAUCAAAGGGUUUAUGGACAGUGGGAUGGUGGGAGAAGCGUUAGGAGUGGUGAGUGUAGUGCAGUCUAAAGGUUUGGCUCCUGACAUCGUUCUUUGCAAUGCGAUGAUACAUAUGUUCACUAGACUCGGAAGAUUCGAUGAAGCUCGUAAAGUUUUUCUUUAUAGUUUGAAGAGAGGAGCGGAUCGGUAUACUUUUGCGACGAUGCUCUCUAGUCUAUGUCUGUCUAAAGACUUCGAUCUCGGUAUCACCAUCGGUACCGAAACAGAGUUGGAUCUAGUUAUGGGGAACUCGCUCAUGAACUAUCUCUGCAAGGUCGGUAACGCCACGGCCGCGUUGAAAGUGUUCCGCGACAUGUCUAACAGAGACUUGGCUUUGGACUGUUAUACGUACACCGGCUUUCUCGCUGCGCUUUGUCGAGGAGAAGCGCCGCGAGACGCGGUGAACAUGUAUAACGAGAUCGUGAAGAGGAAGAGCGGCGUACGCCUCGAUGCUCGUUUUCAUACCGUGAUGAUCGACAGUCUUGUGGAGCUCGGUGAAUACGGUGCUGCGAUCCGUUUGUUUAACAGAUGCGUUUUGGAGAGACGUGAGGUGGAUGUUGUGACGUAUACGGUGGCGAUUAAGGGGCUCGUGCGUGGAGGGAGGAUGGAGGAAGCUUGUUCUUUGUUGGAGAAGAUGAGAGGAGAUGGGGUUAUGCCGAAUGCGCGGACUUAUAGGACUGUUAUCUCUGGUUUGUGCGAGGAGAAAGACAAGGAUGGGUUGAGAGAGGUUUUGAGGGGAUGCGUUGAGGAGGGAGUGGAGUUGGAUCCUAACACUAAGUUUAAAGUGGUGUCUCUCUUGUCUCGUUAUCCAAGAGAUUGUUCGGAGUUCAGAUCGGUUUUUGAAAAAUGGAGGGAUAACGUUGAUGUUUAUGAUUCAUCAUACGAUGAUUUAUCUGUUUCUGCUGGAUGAGUUUUGAGGGGAACUGUACAAUGUAUAUUAUUUCAUUCAAUCAGCGCUGUAAUUCUUGUUUAAUUAUAGAGUUAAAAUCUAAUUUCAGAUCAUGUUUUAUUACAAGAUUAUAUCAGAUGUUAAA